AUGCUAAGACGUUCUGUACUCGGUUUUUCGACGUUGGUUACUCGUAAUGCCCCCGCCGCCGUGCUAACCAGAGCUGCAACGAAUAUAGUGAAACUGCAACCAUUACGAGUUCCUGUCUCGACUCCAAUCUCGAACAUUGCAAGACCCUACGCGUCUGCCUCGACAGAUGGACACGAAAUCCCGCAGGAGAUCCUCACAUUGACAAACGACGUGUAUCACGAAAAGUCAGAUCAAUUUCUGCAAGCGUUGCAAGACAAUUUAGAAGAAAUUAGCGACGAGUAUCCAGAAGUGAUUCCAGACGUCGAGCUUUCACAAGGUGUUAUGACAUUGGUUGUACCGGAGCUUGGCACCUAUGUGAUCAACAAACAGCCUCCUAACAAGCAAAUUUGGCUUGCAUCGCCUGUAUCAGGUCCGAACCGCUUCGAUUUGUAUGGUGGAGAAUGGGUGUCACUGCGAGACGGUAGCAAACUGUUGGACUUGCUACGCACGGAAUUGAACUCUGUCUUGCCGGAAAAGGUGGAUUUCUAG